AUGAGCGUGCAAGGAUUCUGGGGUCUUCAAGUCGUGCCUGAUAAGACGUACAGCCAAGUCGUCACCGCACCUUUCCGUAUUUCCAUGGUUGCUUUGGCCGAGGAUGCAAAGGGUGACAAGCGUUCGAGUGUGCGUGUCAAGGUUGACAAGAAGGAAUUUGUGCUUUGCACAUUGAUCCCAUUCAAGAUUGAGCAGCAAAAGCUCGAUAUCACUUUUGUCGAGGGUGAAGAGGUCUCCUUCACUGUCACUGGCUCAAACACCGUUCAUCUUACUGGCAACUAUGUUUUUGAUGAUGAAGAUGACGAAAGCGGUGAUGAAAACAUGGAUGACCUUGCUCAGCUCAUCCAACAAAGACGUGGAAUGAUCGAUGAUGAAGCCGAGGUAUCCGAUGAGGAUGAUGAAGAAGAAGAAUCCGAAGAAGAAGAGUCUGAGGAAGAGGAAUCCGAAGAGGAGGAGGAAUCUGAAGAAGAAGAGGAGCCUGUUCAACCUGUCAAGAAGGAUAACAAGAAGCGUCCUGCUGAAACUGUGAAGGAAAGCACUGUCGCAAAGAAGGCCAAGGCUGAACAAAAGAAGGAACCUGAACAAAAGAAGCCUGAGCAAAAGAAGCAACCUGAGCAAAAGAAGCAACCUGAACAAAAGAAGCAGCCUGAACAGAAGAAGCCUGAACAAAAGAAGCAAGAAAAGAAGGUUGAAGAAAAGAAAGAGUCUAAGGUUAGAAAGUUGCCCAAUGGUUUGAUCAUUGAAGAUGUCAAGAUUGGUAACGGUGACGUGGCCAAGAGUGGCAAGCGUGUCGGCAUGCGAUACAUUGGUAAGCUCACCAACGGCAAGGUCUUUGACAAGAACGUCUCUGGCAGGCCCUUCAACUUUUUGCUUGGUCGCGGUGAAGUGAUCAAGGGUUGGGAUAUUGGUGUUGCUGGCAUGAAGGUGGGUGGUGAGCGCAAGUUGACCAUCCCUGCUCCUCUCGCUUAUGGCAAGCAAGGUGCUCCCCCAGAUAUUCCUCGUAACGCUACUCUUGUUUUUGAAGUCAAGCUUGUCAACGUCAAAUAA